AUGGGGACUAGAACAGAAUCACGUUGUUUCCACGUGACCACCACGAGAAAGGAGAUCGUUGUACCGACCUCUUCUAAUCUUAUUCCCUUGCCCGAAAAGAAAGUCAUCAGUCUAUCCAAUCUCGACCUUCUUCUACCUCCUGUCGACAUUAACGUUUGCUUCUUCUACAAGAAACCACUUUAUAACGUUACAAACGAUGCCCUUAAGACAGCUUUGGCGGAGGCUCUCGUCUUUUACUACGUCCUUGCAGGCGAGGUUGUGGCCAAUCCCAUGACCGGAGAGCCAGAGAUUCUCUGCAACAACGGGGGCGUCGAAGUGGUAGAAGCUGUUGCUGACGUGGAGCUCCGGGAGCUUAACCUGCAUGAUCCUUAUCAAAGUAUUGCCAAGUUUGUUCCCAUGAAAAACCAUGGAGUCUUUGCUAUUCAGGUUACCGAACUGAAAUGUGGGAGCUUAGUCGUGGGAUGCACGUUUGAUCAUCGUAUAGCUGAUGCAUAUUCAAUGAACAUGUUCCUCUUAUCAUGGGCAGAGAUCUCUCGAUCCGAUCUACCCAUCUCUUAUCUACCUUCGUUCAAGAGAUCUCUCCUAAACCCACGUCAACCCUUGAUCAUCGACUCAUCAAUAGACCAAAUGUACAUGCCUGUAACGUCGUUGCCCCUUCCACAAGAAACCACCAACCCUGAUAAUAUCCUCACAAGCCGUAUCUAUUACAUCAAAGCAGAAGCCAUACAAGAGCUCCAAACUCUGGCUGGCAACGGUAAGAGGACGAAACUCGAGUCUUUCAGCGGGCUCUUAUGGAAACUCGUAGCUAAACACGCUGCAACAACAACAGAUUCAAAACUCUUGAACUCUAAACUUGGCAUAGUUGUCGACGGGAGGAAGAAACUUAUGGAGCAAGAAAGCAACACUUACUUCGGAAACGUCCUCUCGGUCCCAUUUGGUGAGCAAAGAAUCAAUGACUUGACCUACAAGCCAGUCUCUUGGGUGGCUGAUGAAGUUCACAAGGUUUUAGAGAGUUCAGUGACCAAAGACCAUUUCUUGAAUUUGAUUGAUUGGAUUGAGACUCGUCGUCCGGUUCCCGUUCUAUCAAGAAUCUACGGUACAGGAUCCGAAGAUGGACCAGCUUUCGUGGUUUCCUCAGGGAAGAGUUUUCCCGUGACCCGGAUUGAUUUCGGGUGGGGCUCACCGGUUUUUGGAUCGUACUAUCUCCCACUAGGAAGCAGAACUGGUUACGUGAUGACAAUGCCGAGUCCGGUGGUGGAUAACAGCGCGGGAGAUUGGUUGGUUUACUUACAUCUUGCGAAAGGACAGUUGAAGUUUAUCGAACAAGAGGCUUCUCAUGUGUUUAAGCCAAUAGACAAUGAUUAUCUCAGGAUUUGA